GUCCAUUCAAUUUGAACAAGCUACACUUUAAACUCUCUGCUGAUUUCGGUUAUCUAGAAUUCAAUUUUCAAAAAUGAAAUUGUCUAUUUUGUUGGUUUCAGCUAUGCUGAUUGCUGGCGUAUUUUCACAAUCACAAAAGGCCACAACUAAUAGACCUUCACUCCAUCAAAGGAAAGCAUCUUUCCUUCAACGUUCAAAGCCUCGCCAGAACCCCAACAGUCCACUACCCCAAGGUAAACGAGUUGAAUACGUUUACUGCGAUCCCCGCUCUCCGCCAAACUGCGUGAAAAAUUUGAACGAAACGUUUUGUUUGAAAGACGUCGACUAUCCUGAAAAAGACAUAAAGUACUACAUCGAAUACGACCCGUUGGUGUCGAAGAAACACGCCGAUGUUGCAGCCCAAUCGGCAGAUAAUUUGGUGGAUGGUGUCACGUCGUUGGAGGAAAAGCACUUUGAUUAUUCGCUGUACAACGGUAGUCCAUUUUCAAGAGGUAACUGGGUCGGUGGCGAUGGAUAUGUUUGCCCCAGCGAUGUCCUUUACGUCCGCCCUAAAAGAGCAUUGAACGUGGAAGGCGAAUGGCGAGUGAUUGUGCAAGACAAUUACACGCAAACUCAACGUUUCGAAACAUGUUUAUUUCCCGGAGCUUCUUGCAGAACUAUAGCCCCUUGCUAUCGCACAAAAUGCGUCCAAAAAUAUAUUUACCAACGCAUGUUAUCCUACGAUCCGUGCGAUGUCACCAAGGGUUUGUUUAUCGAUAUCUUCAAAUUCCCAUCAACGUGCUCGUGUCACAUACCUAAAAGAUUUUACUGAAAAGA